AUGUCUUUGAAAGCGACUGUCAAAUCUGUGCUAUCUGGUGAUACUCUUAUACUACGUGCGAAUCCUACCAAUGACCAGCCUCCAAAAGAACGUAUUUUCCAUCUCGCUGAGAUAUCCGCUCCGCGCAUAGGCUCAGCUUCCAAGGAGGAUGAACCUUGGGCGUUCGAAUGUCGGGAGUUUCUCCGUCAGUUCGCUGUCGGAAAGCCGAUUACGUUUACCAAGACCCAUUCCUUGCCACCCAAGGACGGCAUAGAAUCGGAUUUUGGUCACGCAGAGAUCGGCGGAAAAGACGUCGCUACCGAAGUACUCCGGGCCGGGUUCGCACGCUGCAAGGAGCUCAAACGUGAGCCGACUGAGGACGACAACCGGCGCAAGGACAUCGAAGCCGAGGCCCGUAACAGCAUGGUUGGGAUGUGGAAUCCCCAAGGCCCGAAGGCAAGUAAACUUACGCGCGAACGUGCGGAUCACAACGUCCAGUACUCUAUGCCGACCGACUCUGCGGCUUUUGUCAAUGAGUGGAAGGGCAAGAACAUUGACGCUAUCGUGGAGCAAGUACGCGAUGGAAGCACUCUACGUGUGCGUCUUUUAAUGCCGGAGGACCAACAUCAAUUUGCAAACAUUUCGCUGGCGGGCGUUCGCUGUCCGAGGGCAGGAGGUCGGGAUGGCGAGACUGCCGAAGAAUUUGGAGAAGAGGCCAAAUACUUUACCGAGUCGCGUCUCUUGCAACGCGUGGUCCGAGUUCAAAUUCUGUCUCUCCCGGCCCCCACGUCCACACCUUUUGCUUCGACAUCAAGCAAUGCACCUGCUCCUACGGCUAGCAUUUUCAUAGGUAAUGUUUUGCAUCCCAACGGUAACAUUGCCGAGUUCCUAUUGGCUGCUGGAUUGGCCCGUGUGAUCGACUGGCACGCUGGCAUGCUCGCUGCAAAUGGGGUUAUGGAGAGGCUUCGUGGGGCAGAAAAGUCCGCAAAGGAAAAGAAGCUAAAGCUCUAUUCGAAGAUCGUGACCCCGGCAACGGCCUCGGCUGGGCCCACACCCGUAAUUCAUCGUGGACCGGUAGAUGCAACAGUCAUUCGAGUCUGGAGCGGCGAUCAGGUGUCUAUCGUGGACAAAGAAGGCCGGGAACGACGCGUACAGUUAAGCUCCGUUCGCGCGCCCAAGGCGUCCGAGCCUAAGCAAGCGUACUAUGCAAACGAAGCUCGCGAGUUCCUGAGAAAGAAGCUUAUCGGAAAACAUGUCAAAGUAAACAUUGAUUUUGUCCGGCCCAAAGAAGGUGAUUUCGAAGAACGUGAUGCGGUAACCAUUCGUUAUGGGAACGCACAGGCGAAUAUCGCAGAGCAGUUAAUUGAGAAGGGGCUGGCCACUGCACUCCGGCAUCGGCGUGAUGAUGAAUCGAGGUCUAGCGAAUACGAUAAACUGAUGGCUGCAGAACAAAACGCUCUCACGGAGGCGCGCGGGAUUCACUCCGGCAAAGACGUGCCCAUGCCUCGGAUCAUCAAUGCCUCUGAGACAAGCACCAAGGCUUCGAGCUGGCUCUCUUCGCUCAAACGCCAAGGACGCGUACCUGCAGUUGUGGAUUACGUUGCCUCGGGCUCGCGCUUCAAAAUCCUUGUCCCCAAGGAAAAUAUUUCCCUCACGUUGGUGUUGAGUGGUAUUCGUGCUCCACGCACCGCAAGGAACCCCUCAGAAAAAAACGAGCCAUACGGACUCGAAUCAUUAGAAUUUGCUACUCGUCGGUAUAUGCAACGUGAUGUGGAGGUUGACUUCGAGGCAACAGAUAAAACAGGGGGAUUCAUCGGGGCACUUUAUUUGAAUAAAAUAGAAAAUGCAGCUGUGACGCUGGUUCGGGAAGGUCUUGCAACCGUCCACGAUUAUUCUGCCGAAUCUUUGUCCUGGUCACGGCAACUCUAUGAUGCCGAAGCAGAUGCCAAAGCCAACAAACGCAAUAUAUGGCAUGACUUCGAUGCCAGUCUAGAGCAGACAGUUACGGAGAAACCCGAUAACGGCUCGACCCCUCUCAAACCCGAAUACCUGGACGUCAUCAUCUCCGAUAUUCGCACAACGCCAUCAUUUGCUUUCUCUAUUCAGGUUCUCAAUGAAAAUACUGCUCAAUUAGAAAGAAUGAUGAAAGAUUUUGCCCUGCAUUACCGAAACGCGCCUGCAGUGUCAAGCUUUGCCCCAAAGGCAGGUGAACUGGUAGCUGCAAAGUUCUCGGGUGAUGGUCAAUGGUAUCGUGCCAAAGUCAAGCGUUCUUCAGCUGCCAAGAAGGAGGUCGAGCUCACAUUUGUCGAUUACGGAAAUCAAGAAACAGCGCCCUUUUCGAAUACUCGCCCAUUGGAUCCCCGUUUCAAAACGCUAUCUCCCCAGGCGCAGGACGCCCGCCUCAGCUUUGUCAAGCUUGCUGGCCCCGAUACUGAGUACGCUGAGGAUGCGAUAGGGCGUUUCCGAUCUCUUGCAGAGGGUCGUAAGCUUGUAGCUAAUGUUGACCAUAAGGACGGGCAUAUUCUCCAUUUGAGGUUGAUUGAUCCACAAGACCCGCAUAGCGCUAAUGAUCCCCACGCAUCGAUAAACACCGAAUUAGUCCGAGAUGGACUGGCCAUGAUCGACAAGAAGGAACGGUACCUGGCGUCAUAUCCAGGCGUGGUCAACGCGUUGAAGGACGCGACUUUGAGUGCCAAACGAGAGCGUUUGGGGAUGUAUGAAUUGGGUGACAUUGGCGAUGAUGACGAAUGA